AUGUCAAAAUUAGAAAGUAUUAAUAUUAAAGAAGCUAGAAACCUUUUAAAUCAUUAUGGUCUUCCUUGUGAUGGUACUGAAGAAGAAAUAAAAAAACAACUUGAAGUUUUAGAAUUUCCAACCGACGAAAAUAUACGUUCUGAUGAAGAAGAUAUUAUUGAAAGUAAAUAUGAUCAAAGGGAUGAUUACGCUCAUGAUACUCAUGAUGUAGAAAUUGAUUCGGAAUUAGAAGAAAGUGAACCUCGUGAACAUGAUACUGAUACUGAUAGAGAUACGUUCGUUUAUAAAACGAGGUGGAGUGAUGAUCCUUCUUCUUCUAAAAAUAUUGAUAAUAGUUCAAUGGAAACUAUUAAAGACGUUGAAACUACGAACGACGUUAUUUCAAAUGAUGGUUCUGAUGAUUACGAUCUUCCUAAAAGUCGAAAAGAAUUUCCAAGUGAAGAUGAAAGAACUGAUAGUGUUUUAGAUACUAGUUUACAUGAUUCUGAAGAUGGUUCUGUAACUUCUUCUCCACCAAGAUUACAAACUGUAGUACCUCUUAAAGAUGAUAUUAAUAAUCCUUUGAAACCUCAGGAUUCUAUCAUUAAUGUUGGUGAUGUAUCUUCGUUGAACCUUUCUUCUUUAAAUAUUAGAGAUUCUGAAGAAUCAGAUCUUGAAUCUAAUGUUUCCAAAAUAGUUAAUCCAAUUAUUAGUUGUAUUGCUGAUCUCAAAUCUGAUAUUCACGCUGAAGUUGAAAAACUUCAUUAUCGUGUGGAUCCAAAUCUCCUUGGUUCAACUAAAGGUUCUGAUGACUGGCAACAAUCUGGAUUUGAAAAAUCUCUUGAUCAAAAUCGUUAUGAUUCUGUUAUUACGGCUGGAAAAUUAUUGGAUCUUGUUUUAACCUUUUCUCUUCCUGAUGAAGUUAAUGAACGUAUCUCUCAAGCUCGUCAUAUUCUUUGGGAAAAAGCUUUAUUAUAUCGUCUUACUUCUUCUACUGAAUCAUCAUCGUCUCCUGCACUUCCUGAACAAGGCACUUCUGUGGAUUCCGCUGUUGAUCAUGUUAAUAAAAUUAUCAAUAGAAAUAAUGAUGAACAAAUUACCUCAGGACAAUACGUAUCAACACAAGAAGAUAUUGAUGUGAAUCAAGUCUUACCAAACGAUGAAAUAAUUGAAAAUCUUCCUGAUUCAACUAAAGUAGAAGAAAUCGGUGAUCGAUCACCUGUCUCAAAUGGAAUGACAAAAUCUCGUCGUUUGCCAAAUCAAAAUCACCGUAGAUCUAAUAGAGCAAGACGUAGAUCAACUAGUGUACAACUUGAUAAUGCAACUGGUAGUGGAUCAAGACCUUUGCAAGAAUCUUCUUCUUCUCGUGAUGUUGAACGACAAGAUGAUAUUCGCCUUUCAACGAGCCCAAAGGCACCAUAUAGGCCACGUUCAAGUAAUGGUAGAAAUAACACUAAUAUCCCAACAAAUAAUCGUCGCUUUGUUGGAUUCUUACCUUCUAGAUGCUUUACAUGUGGAGGUAUUGGUCAUUUUGCAAAUAAUUGCCCUAACAAGGGUAGUUAUAUUACUACUUUGUCACCUCAACAACCAGUACGUCGACGACGUUCCACUCGAUUCAAACGAAAUACCAAAGUUGAUGCUAGUGGUGAACAAUAA